AUGUACACCCCAUCCACUGGCGAUGAGUCGGUCGAGACCGAGUCCAAUUUGAAAUUGCUCCCCUUGAAACAAGAUCCGCAACCCUCGAGCUCGAAAUCAACCGACCCAACUCCCACGAUCGAUGUCCCCGAGAGCGAACGCGAUGUCUCAAAACGGAUUGAGCAGUUUCUAGGCGAGGAUCGCACACCACUUUCGGAUUCCUUCGACACAGACUUGGAGGGGGACUCGCCCAGAACAUCUCUGGCCCUGAGCGACGAUUGGGGUGGCCCAGCGGACAAGGGCUUGUUACUGAAGAAUGAUCGCGAAGAGGAACCCAAGGGCUUCAAUUGGAGAUCCCUAUUUCGUUUGCAAUCAUGGUGGAACGUUGUGGUGUUUCUUAUACUCGCAAUAUUGACGGUAUGGCUGUCGAUUAGAGGCUUUCCGUGGUCUUCGUCGGGCGUAGCAGUCAGUGAAACCCAAACGGUCCCCUGGUACCCUACCCCCCUCGGUGGAACAAGCGCAGAAUGGAAGGAAAGCUAUGUCAAGGCACAGGAAAUGGUCCGCCGAAUGUCUCUUCCUGAAAAGGUGAACAUCACUACUGGCACAGGAUGGCAGAUGGGACUAUGUGUUGGAAAUACUGGACCUGCUCAACUCGUCGGUUUCCCUUCUCUUUGUCUCCAGGACGGUCCACUCGGUCUUAGAUUUGCACACAACAUCACUGCAUUCCCUGCAGGUAUCACAACAGGUGCGACAUGGAAUCGCGAACUCAUGCGAGCUCGUGGUUUUGCUCUCGGAAAAGAAGCGCGGCUGAAGGGUGUGAACGUCAUCCUCGGCCCUGCCAUGGGCCCACUCGGGAUGAUGCCUGCAGGAGGUCGCAAUUGGGAGGCCUUUGGAUCGGACCCUGUUCUUCAAGGAGUAGCUGCGGCGGAAACCAUCCGUGGUAUCCAGCGGAAUGGAGUGAUGGCCACGGCCAAACACUUUGUUGGCAACGAGCAGGAGCACUAUCGCCAAGCAUUCGAAUGGGGCACUCCAACGGCUCUCUCCUCAAACAUUGAUGACCGCGCACUCCAUGAGGUCUUUGCGUGGCCUUUUGCCGAGAGUGUACGUGCUGAUGUUGCUAGCAUUAUGUGUUCGUACCAGAUGGUCAACAACACUUAUGCGUGCGAAAAUAGUAAAUUGAUCAAUGGAAUCCUCAAAGAUGAAAUGGGAUUCCAGGGGUUUGUCCAGUCAGACUGGCUCGCGCAGCGUUCGGGUGUCAACAGUGCCAUCGCAGGCCUGGACAUGAGUAUGCCUGGAGACGGCUUACACUGGACUGAUGGCAUUCCCCUCUGGGGAGGUGAAUUGUCUCGCGCGGUGCUGAAUACGUCGGUCCCCAUGGAACGAUUGAAUGACAUGGUAACUCGAAUCGUGGCAUCUUGGUACCAUUUCCGACAAGAUUCGUGGGAGCGACCUCAACCAGAUGAAAAUGGGGGUCCAAACUUUUCCUCCUGGACCCAGGAGAAAAUCGGCCGUCUACAUGAAGGCUCCCCGGACAAUGAUGCCACCGGAGUGGUGAACAGAUUCGUCGAUGCACAAGGCAGUGGCGCGAAUGCCCAUUCUAUUAUCGCUCGUCAGGUUGCUGCAGAAGGUACUGUACUUUUGAAGAACGUUGACAACACCCUCCCACUCUCACGGCAGAUGACUGGCGCUGCUGGAAAAUACAGGGUUGGUGUUUAUGGUGAGGACGCAGGCCCUGGAAAAGGCCCAAAUGCUUGUGCGGAUCGUGGUUGUAAUCAAGGAACGUUGGCUUCAGGUUGGGGCAGUGGUGCUGUGGAAUUCCCGUACCUGGUGAGUCCAUGGGAGGCAUUGCAGUCUGUAUGGUCGAAGGACACAGUUGAUCUUCAAGGCUACUUGUCGAACAACGUUGGAUCGCAGGACUUGACGGAUCAAGACCUCUGUUUGGUUUUCGUGAAUGCAGAUGGAGGAGAAGGCUUCAUCCGUAGUGAUGGCAUUGAUGCGGAUCGCAAUGAUCUUUUCCUGCAGAAAAAUGGCACUGAACUUGUGGAAGGGGUUGCCGAACACUGUGGAGGUGGCCAAGGUCGAACCGUCGUCGUUGUUCAUUCGAUUGGACCCGUUGUGAUGGAGUCUUGGAUUGACCUUCCUGGCGUCCACGCCGUACUUUAUGCCAAUCUACCCGGCCAGGAGAGCGGAAAUGCUCUGGUAGAUGUGCUUUUUGGCGACGUUGAUGCUAGUGGUCGACUUCCCUACACCAUUGGCCGAAGCUUAGAGGACUACGGUCCAGCAGCUCAAGUGCUGUAUGAGACUGAGGACCCUGCUGUUCCACAAGUCAAUCUCAGCCAGGGUCUUUACAUCGAUUAUCGUUAUUUCGACCGAUACAACAUCACUCCGCGUUUUGAGUUCGGCUUUGGUCUAUCAUAUACAACCUUUGACUACACUGCCGUCAGCAUCGAAAAGCUGCAGAAGAAGACGCAGCACCCAUCCAAAAGACCAAAAAACGAAGUUGAACCACCUACAUAUGACAACAGACCACCCCAUCCCUUCAGUGCCCUGUUCCCGCAGGAUUUCCGCAUUCUUCGCAAAUACAUCUACCCGUACAUUGAAACUACCGACGGAGCCAAUCCUGGCCCAUAUCCCUAUCCAGAUGGAUACGAUACACGUCAGAAACUCUCCUCUGCAGGUGGCGGACCAGGCGGAAACCCCUCUCUCUACAAGCCCAUGCUUGAACUCUCCGUCGAAGUAACUAACACUGGUACCCGACCCGGGCAAGAUGUGGUGCAGGUGUACGUCUCAUUCCCAGAAGAUGUCGCCGAACACCGCGGGCUUGGCUGGUCGCGUGAAACAAUCGAGUUUCCAGAGCGAGUGCUCCGCAACUUUGAGAAGAUCCUGUUGCAGCCUGGGGAGACGACGACCAUCAAAAUGACACUAACUCGAAAGGAUCUCAGCUACUGGAGUGUUCGUUCUCAGAACUGGAUCCUUCCCACCGAGGGCAAGUUCCGUAUCUGGGUUGGGCGAAGCUCGAAGGAUUUGCCGCUUGUCGUCGAAUUUUAA